AUGGCUGGCUACCAUCCUCAUCGGCUCUCCUCUUUGGCAGACAGAGGGCGGGAAUCGCCACUCGUUCUCCAUGCCCAGAAGGCUCAAUUACAAUUCUCCGAUACUCCCCCGAAAACCCCCAAAAUAGAGUCUAUAUUGGCGCACGAAUUAGUUCAGGAGAUUGGAGACCUGUAUAUUUCUCUUAGUCGCCUGGCACUUACAAGUCUCGCUCCAAGUCCGGAGGUCAACUCGCUUCUCACGCGUCUGGUCGAGCUUUGCAUUGAACCUCGAAGAGGAGAGGUCGUUAAUCACGUAUUUCAGCUCAAAGGCACAUGGACUACGUUGUUCUGCAAGUUACGCUCACUCUGCGCAACCGCAGAGUGCGAAUUAGAGAACCAUUGGGCACAGCAGAUUCUGAACUCGCGCCAUGGCUCUUCUGCUUUGUCUUCUGAACCAAAGGCCCUCUUACACUCCUUCCCGUACUAUCAAAAUUACCUCGACCUCUCACGGUUGGAAUGCUCAACGCUAGAAGGCUUCCUCCUAGCUCACCCUAUCGACUCCCGGCCUUCACCGAGCAGAAUCGCAUUCAUUGGCUCUGGGCCGUUACCUCUAACCUCCUUCUGCAUGUUAAACCGCUACCCAAAAGCCUCGGUUCAUAAUAUAGAUCGAGAUAUUGAUGCUUUGCGGGUGUCGUGGGAGCUGACGAUGAUGCUAGGGUAUGGAGAGCGGAUGACAUUUGAGGGUAGGGAUGUUAGUUCAGAAAAGAGCUGCGGGGAACUGGUGGAAGGACAUGGGGAGAUAGCAGAUUGGAGUAAAUUUGAUGUCGUAUUUCUUGCUGCACUUGUCGGUAUGGAUUCGCAGUCGAAGAUUGAGAUUCUCGCUUCACUAGGGAAGAAAUUGUCACCGGGAACUCUAGUCAUUGCAAGGAGCGCCCAUGGCUUGCGAGAGGUGCUAUAUCCUGCACUAGAGCUUUCGGAGGAGUUGCAUAGAAUCGGCUUCAAGAUCCUCGUCGUUGUUCACCCCUGGACGAAGGUUGUCAACUCUGUCAUUGUACUAAGAGUUAAGGGUACUUAG